CGGCGCCUCAGCGGAAGAGUGCCGUUCGGCUCACUCGAGCAUUGUGUGGUACACUCUGCACCUGCCCGUCUAGGUAUAACACUGUGCGAUUAACAUUCCACUAUUCGCUUUUGGCGUGUGUUGACGCUCUUCGCGUGCACUUCGUGCUGGUUUGAAUAACCGCAACAGCCGACAGCCAAGAAGACGGCAGCGCUUUUCAGCUGCUGCACGCUACUACUAUCCACCGCUUUGCAAAAGCAAGCCGCCGCCUAAGACACGCUGGGAAAGGAAGGCCACACAGACAACGAUGUCUGGUUCGAUGCACUCCGAUUUCUGCGAAGUCUACCUCUGCGCCGCGCCGAUCCAGAACACGGGUUCCACAAGCGCGAAUAUGCUGUCGUACUUCGCUUCAGCGUCCAGAAGCCUUUGCGGCAAUUCGUGGGAGAAGCACUGGCUGGUGAUUUUCGACUACGGCGAGGACGCGGUACUGGUCUGCGACGCAGACAUGGACCACGCUGGAGACCUGGCGGGUCGAAAGUGCUGGAAGAAGCGGACCGUCCUCGAGGAGACCUACUCGUACAAGAGGCACCUGGGAAGGCACUGUGUUCCGAAGGCGCGCAUAGAGGAAGUCGUGCUAGAGAUGUGCGACUCGGGCCGCUACCACCUGACCGACAACAAUUGCCAAAAGUGGGUCAAGGAGCUGCUAGGUCGGCUGGACAUACAGAUGCCCUCGGACGAGCGCGACGCCCAAGCCGUGGUCGAGGGGGUCGUCCAGCCGGCCGUCGGCGCCUCGCUGAUUGGCGGCGGGAUAGCAUUGUCGUUCUGAGCCACCGGGAGCUAGAACGCCCCUGGCCAGCAGAUCGCGGAGGUGGCUAGUGUUUCGUCGGCAUACUGCUUGGACAUUUUAAUCGGAAAGAAAAAUCACGGCAUGAAACUAUAGGCGUACACAUAAGCUGAUGAAAUCGCUUGUCCACGGAUAUAGGCCCAAUUUUGGCGCCAUGUGGCCAUGAUACGCCGCAAGACUAAGCAAGAUUAUACAAAAAAAAGAAUCGCUGUGCAAACGUCAAAGCAAGCUGGGGUAGAUUUUAUAAAUUGGUAGAGGGAUUUAUAAUCAUGCGUGUGACAUGGUACCGUGAUUAAAAAAAUGACUAUAAUUGGUAUCUCAUAAGUAUGCAGCAAAUAUAUAUUGUUUUUAAAUA